AUGUGGUUCGAACCCCGCCAUCCGACUUUGGUGAGUUCCGGGAAAAGUUCAGUGCUUGAAAAUCUGGUCGGUCGUGAUUUUCUCCCUCGUGGUCCGGGUAUCGUGACACGUCGUCCACUUGUUUUACAACUCAUCCACGUCGAUGAAACCGACCAGCAUAUCCGUGCAGCUGAGGGCGAUGGGAAAUCUGUGGAAUGGGCUCGGUUUUUGCAUCGAAAGGAAAUUUUCACGGAUUUCAACGAUGUGCGCAAUGAGAUCAAAGAGGAGACCGACCGAGUGGCUGGUUCGGGCAAAGCAAUCAGCAGUGAACCAAUCAAUCUGAAAAUCUUCAGCCCACGUGUGCUAAACCUAACCUUGGUCGAUUUGCCCGGUAUCACCAAAGUCCCGGUCGCUGAUCAGCCCGAGGAUAUUGAGAUGUUGAUCAAUCAACUGUGUUUGCAAUACGUGCAAAAUCCGAACUGUGUAAUCCUUGCCGUGACCCCAGCAAACACAGAUAUGGCCACAAGCGAAGGACUCAAACUGGCUAAAAUGGUCGAUCCUGAUGGUCGACGAACAUUGUGUAUACUGACCAAGCUAGAUUUGAUGGAUCAGGGUACAGAUGCACACGAUCUACUUUUGGGUCGUGUCGUUCCCGUGAAACUGGGCAUUAUUGGUGUGGUGAACCGAUCUCAGGCGGAUAUAAAGGCGGGCAAAUCGAUCGAGGAGGCAUUGCAAGAUGAAGCCUCAUUCUUGCAACGACGUUACCCAUCUCUGGCCAGUCGUAACGGAACUCCGUGUCUGGCUCGCACCUUGAACCGAUUACUCAUGCAUCACAUUCGGGAUUGUUUGCCGGAGUUGAAGACUCGUGUGAACGUGAUGGCCGCACAAUUCCAAAAUCUUUUGAACACUUUCGGUGAUGAAGUGGAAGAUAAGGGACAACUGCUGCUCCAGAUUAUCACAAAGUUUAACACAGCCUAUUGCAACACAAUCGAUGGCGUGGCCAAAGAUAUCGAAACGACCGAACUAUGCGGUGGUGCUCGGAUUUGCUACAUUUUUCACGAGACAUUCUAUCGGACGCUGAGCAAAAUUGACCCGCUGGGUGGUUUGUCUACUCUGGAUAUCCUCACGGCAAUUCGGAAUGCGACCGGACCACGACCGGCACUGUUCGUGCCCGAGGUCUCGUUCGAGCUGUUGGUGAAACGACAAAUUCGUCGUCUCGAGGAGCCCAGUUUGCGUUGUGUGGAGCUUGUGCACGAAGAAAUGCAACGGAUUAUACAACAUUGUGGAGCUCAGCAAGAAUUGCUCCGUUUUCCCAAACUGCAUGAACGUAUUGUGGAUGUGGUCACUUCCGUGUUACGGCAACGAUUACAACCGACCAAUCAGAUGGUGACCAAUUUAGUCGCUAUCGAGUUAGCCUAUGUGAACACACGACACCCGGACUUCUCCGAGGUGCUCAGCAUACAUCGACAACAAGCACCGGGGUUGGAUGCACUGCAAACGGAAGUGCAACAACACAAACUGACACCGAAUGAGCGACACGACUGUGAGGUCAUUGGUCGCCUCAUCCGAUCUUACUUUUUGAUUGUCCGCAAGAAUAUCCAGGACACGGUUCCGAAAGCAAUUAUGCAUUUCCUGGUGAAUUUCGUCAAAGACAACCUUCAGUCGGAACUGGUGAGCAAGCUCUAUCGCCAGGACGAGUAUGAUAUGCUCUUGCAAGAGAGCGAUCGAGUAGCUCAAAGACGACGUGAAGCAGCCGAAAUGCUAAAGCUUUUUCUUUUCUCCCUCACCGAUGCCAUUCAACUGUUCGAACAGUCUCCACUCACCACCAUCACCACCUCCUCCUCCUCCUCCAAUUCCCGAAAUGCGCGAUCUCGAACCACAUUACUCCUCUUUGUACAGAUCGUUGAGGCACAUGAACGCUAG